GCGGAAUCGCGAUAUCGGCAGCCAAGCACUUCUUCCUAGCAGUCACCGCCGUCAAUCUCAGUCCUUGCCAUCGUCGGUCUAAACCCCAGUCGCUUUGUGUCGACCGUCAUCUACCUAGAACGGAGGAGCAGCAAGAAAUUUCUAGCCGUUCGUCGGGAGCAAAGUGGAAUUAUCAGCCUGAAGCACAAUACAAAGAAGUAAUAUCAGUUCCAGGGGAAAGAAUAUUAAAAUAUGUCUAGGAUAUGUGUUAAGAAUCUACCAAAAUAUGUUGCAGAGGAUCGUCUACGGGACUUAUUUUCACAGAAAGGAGAAAUAACAGAUGUAAAGCUUAUGCGCACCAAAGAUGGUAAGAGUCGGCAGUUUUGUUUUAUUGGGUUUCGUACAGAGGACGAAGCCAAGGAAGCUAUAAAAUAUUUCAAUAGAUCCUACCUUGACACCUGUAGAAUCACUUGUGAGGUGGCUCGAAAAGUUGGUGAUCCAGAUAUGCCUCGUCCAUGGAGUCGACAUUCAUUGAAGAAAGGGGAAAAAGUGAUCCAAGGUGGGAAGAAAGAUGCUGAAAAUAGAAGUAGUGUUAAGGCACAGAGAGGUGGAGAGAAUUUGAGGGAGAGCACUGACAUUGAUGAUCCCCAACUUCAAGAAUUCCUUCAGGUUAUGCAGCCUCGGGCAAAGACAAAAUUGUGGGCAAACGAUACUUCAUCAGUGUUGGAGAAUGUUAGUGAGAAGCAAAAAAUAGCUGAGAAUAAAAGCAAGGAUCCUUCAAUUCCAAAGCAUGAUGAGUUAGUUCAAAGUGACUCAUCAGAUGAUGGAUCCUCAGAUGGCUCUUUAGAUGAUGGCUCUUCAGAUAGUCAUGAAUCUGAGAAACCAAAUAAUCUUGUCCAUGAUGAUGCCAUUUCAGAUAUGGAAUAUUUCAAGAGUCGGGUGGCAAAGGAGUGGUCUGAUUCUGAAAAUAGUGAUGAUGAAGAAAACAAUGCCUCUGUGAGCAAUGAUGAUGACGGCAAAGAAGACAAUGAUAGUCAUGGUGAUGAAGAUGAAGAAAAUUUUGAUGAUCAAUCUUUGAAAGGAACUGGAAGAGGUGAUGCUCAAAACAUAGACCUGUCAGGCCAAGAAGAUAUCUGUAAUGAGGACAGUGACCAUGAAAAGGUUGAAGUGAGAGGCCCUUCUAAUUCUUCUGGUGAUGAAAUACCUGAGCAAGGGGUCUCUUCAUCAUGUCUGGAAAAUGAGAAAGGAGUUUUUGAGUCUUGUCGACUGUUUGUCCGUAAUCUGCCAUAUACAGCCACCGAGGAGGAACUUGAAGAACACUUCAGCAAUUUCGGCACUGUCUCACAGGUUCAUCUGGUUGUUGAUAAAGAUACAAAAAGGUCCAAAGGAAUAGCAUAUAUUCUUUACACAUUUCCAGAAUUUGCAGCCAGGGCACUAAAAGAGUUGGACAAUUCAAUUUUCCAAGGAAGAUUACUGCAUGUUUUGCCAGCCGUGCAAAGACCUUCAGACAGCAAGGAAAAGAAUACAUCAAUGGACCAAAGCUCUAGAACUUUUAAGAAACAGAGAGAGGAGGAGAGGAAAGCAGCUGAAGCCAGUGGAGAUACCAGAGCAUGGAAUAGUCUAUUCAUGCGCCCUGAUACUGUUGUUGAAAACAUUGCUCGUAAAUAUGGUGUAAGUAAAAGUGAUUUGCUUGACCAAGAAGCUAAUGACCUUGCUGUGCGUAUUGCUUUGGGAGAAACUCAAGUGAUUGCAGAGACUAAAAAGGCCCUUAAAAAUGCUGGCGUGAAUGUGGAGUCUUUGGAGGAAUUCGCCAAUGGCAAAAAAGUUGGUGUUAAAAGAAGCAACCAUGUGCUUUUAGUGAAGAACUUGCCAUAUGGUUCCUCAGAAAAUGAACUAGCCAAGAUGUUUGGGAAAUUUGGGAAUUUAGACAAAAUAAUUCUCCCUCCAACAAAGACAUUGGCCUUGAUUGUCUACCUCGAACCAGCUGAAGCUCGAGCAGCUUUUAGAGGUUUAGCUUACAAGCGUUUCAAGGAUGCACCAUUGUACUUGGAAUGGGCUCCUUCCAAUGUACUUAGCCAAAGUGUAACAUCUGAGAACAAUGAAAAGAGUGGCGCAAUUGGUGAAAAUGAGGCCAAACGGCUGAUAUUGGAACAGCAUCUGGAGGGAGUAUCAGAUAUGGACAUCGAUCAAGACAGAGUUGAGGCACGGUCUCUAUUUGUCAAGAACCUCAACUUUAGGACAUCAGACGAGAGUUUGAAGAAUCAUUUUAGUGAACACGUGAAAGAAGGAAGAAUUUUGAGUGCCAAGGUGAAGAAGCAUUUGAAAAAUGGAAAACAGGUUUCUAUGGGAUUUGGAUUUCUUGAAUUUGAUUCUGUGGAGACUGCUACGAAUGUUUGCAGAGAUUUACAGGGGACUGUUUUGGAUGGGCAUGCACUUAUUUUACAACUCUGUCAUGCCAAGGACAGACAAUUACCAAAAACAGUUGAGAAGGACAAAAGCUCAACAAAAUUACUUGUAAGGAAUGUGGCUUUUGAGGCAACAGAGAAGGAAUUGAGACAGUUGUUCAGCCCAUUCGGCCAGAUUAAGAGCUUAAGGUUGCCAAUGAAGUUUGGAAGUCAUAGGGGUUUUGCUUUUGUGGAAUACGUUACACAGCAAGAGGCACAAAAUGCACUUAAAGCUCUUUCAAGCACCCACCUUUAUGGCAGGCAUCUGGUGUUAGAGAGAGCAAAGGAAGGCGAGAGUUUGGAGGAACUACGGGCUCGAACAGCCGCACAAUUUGGUGAUGAGCAAAAUGGAUUUCAAAAGCUAUCCAAGAAAAGGAAGCACUUGUCAAUCUUGGACGAAGGGAAGAUGAUGUUUGAAAGGAUUGUUGAUUAGUAAUCAGUUCAGUUCUUUCUAAAUGAAUUUGGAUUCCUUAAAAUACAAGAAAACUAAAUUUAGAUGAUCCAAAUACUUUUCUGAGCAAGGUCUUGUAUAUAACCUGGAGUUCAGAACAUUGCAAUUUUGUAGGUUGUAAGCUAUAUAGUAUCAUGAUGCCCUUUUGCUUUUACAUUGCUCAUGAAGUGAAGCAAAAGGAUUUUGACUGACAUUCUGAGUUCGGCCUUGUAAUUGGGCUUUUAAAACCAUCUUAUUACAAUUUGGUAAGGAUCUGAUCCAUAUUCUAUGAAAGUAUGGGCUUCAAUUUUGCGCCCAAUAUAAGAAUUCUGUUUCUCUCUA